UACUCAAUAUAAUACAACAUAUAUAAUAGCCCAAGCCAAACCCGCCUCCAGACAGAGCGACCAGAUCGGAUUUUUUAGAUAUUCGGGUUUGGGUAUUUAAACCAUUUGCAAUUCAUACGUUAGGGCAUGAAUUUUUCAUUUCUAUACGAUGCGAACUCUGCAAAAACAUAGAUAUAUAUAAAAGAAAGAGAGAGAGGGAGAGGAGAGAAAGUGGGAGAUGACGAAAUCGGGCGCGGAGAAGAAGAGGGUCCGGCGAUCCUCUGGGGCGAUACAGAAUGGAAGCAACCGAGAUCUCAACAGCGAUACUCCUCCUAGGAUACACGCUUUGCAUCUGCAAUUGUUAUGCUAAAAAGGUUUAAACUUAUAUAUCAUGGUCUCCAAACAAUGGUCAUAAGUGACAAAGGGGCUUCUUACAAGGAAGAUGAUGUUGGGAAAGCAGCUGUUGUAAAGGAAAAGUUGUUAAAUGAUGUUUGGUGGGAUAAGAUUGAAUAUAUACUCUCAUUCACAUUGCCUAUUUAUGAGAUGCUUAGAUUUUGUGACACUGAUAAGCCAUGUCUACAUUUGGUUUAUGAGAUGUGGGAUUCAAUAAUUGAACGGGUGAAGGCAUCCAUCUAUAGGCGUGAAGGGAAGUCAGAAAAUGAAGAGUCAUCCUUUUAUUCUGUAGUGCAUCAAAUAUUAGUGGAAAGGUGGACAAAAAGUAGCACACCUCUUCAUUGCCUUGCUCAUUCCUUGAAUCCAAGGUAUUAUAGUGGGAUGUGGCUUCAUGAAAAUCCCAUUCGUGUUCCUCCCCACAAAGAUGUUGAAAUUUCUGAGAUGAGAAUCAAGUGUUUUAAGAGAUACUUUCCUGAUUCAGAUGAGAGAAGGGUUGUUAAUACCGAGUAUGCGAAGUUUUCAGGUUGUUUGGAAAGUUUUAGUGACUCUGACUCAAUAUGUGAUAGAGGAGUAAUGGAACCAGUGGUUUGGUGGUUGGCACAUGGCUCUUUUGCACCUAUGCUCCAAUCCUUGGCAGUGAAAUUACUUAGCCAACCAUGUUCCUCAUUAUGUUGUGAAAGGAAUUGGAGCACCUACUCUUUCAUUCACUCUAUGAGGAGGAAUAAAAUGACACCACAACGGUGUGAGGAUUUGGUUUUUGUGCACUCCAAUAUUCGUCUCUUAUCAAGGAGGAGUCAACUAUACACAGAAGGAGAGACCAAGUUAUGGGACGUUGGGGGAGAUGCAUUUGAUUCAUUGGAGGGUUCUGGUUUCCUUGAAAUUGCAAAUCUUUCACUUGAUGAGCCAGAGAUGGAAGCUAUUUUAUUCAAUGAUGAAGUUGAUGGAAGUGAACUUUGAAGUGUCAAGUUUAGAUAUAUAGGGCUUUCUUUUGUUUUUUUUUCCUUUGCUUGUGUUAUGGAUUGGAUUGGCCUUGUUUUUCUUUUGGUGUUGGUUGUUUUUCCUUUGCUUGGAUUAUGGACUGAAUUGGUGUUGGUUAUGUUAUGUUAAAUUUAAAUAUAUUAAUAUUUGUCUUUAGCUUUAUAGUUCUCUUUUUAGUUUUGAUAUUUAACUUCAAUUUGUACAUUGGAUCUUUUAACCAUAAUUAUAAAAAAUAAAAAAAUAUCGGCGUACCGCAGCCGUGCCCGUAUCCUACUUUUUUGGGGUUUUGCCGUAUCGCCGUACCCGUACCGUACUCGUACCCGCACCCGUGCUUCAUUGCAAGGUAUUAAUAGUUCCAAUCCCCUUCCUAUAACCCCAAACAAACGGGGCCAUAGGGUCCAUGUUACAUAGUAGAAUGUUCGGCGUGAAGUUCUCCCUUAGUCAAAUCUGUGCGGUGAAUGAAGGCGAGGGUGGCAGGACUUUCUAUUAAUUGAAUAGCAAUUAUUGGAAAUAUAUCAUAUUUUUUAGACUAGUUCGGCAAUUGUAACUGCUGUGUUAUAUGCAAGGAGUGCCCUGUAGCUAUUUAUGAUUUUGGGUGGCUUAUAACUUUUUUCCUCACCCCUCCUAUUCUCCCUCUAACGGAAACCUUUUACGAGAUAAUUUCCAUACUGCUAAUGCCAUAACAACUAAGAUUAUGGCAUGUCAUAAAAUGCACUAUUAAGUAUUGAUGGUGGUAUAAUUCAUUGUGUGUUUAUCAAUAUGACUCCUGUUUGAGUUCUGUUUUGAUUUGGCAGUUGAAAUGGACCUCUUCUUGUUUCCCGUCUUGCAUAUUUAAGAAGAAAUAUUUUAAAUGAAAUUAGAACACCGUAUAUGAGUGCUUUUAAGUGAUCAUGCGGCCUAUCUGCCUUGCAUUCUUCUUGUUUGUUACUGUUUUUUUACUAAGGACUCAUUUUAAACCAUAUGCAACCAUAGUUUGUCACCCGGCAUUCAUGCCUGACACUGGGGUAUCAUGUACGUCUAGUGAAUGUGCUGAACUGUUUGUUAGAGAAUGGUUUAUUUUGGCUGAUUUGGUAUCUUAUAUUAUCAUAGAUCAUGAAUAAUUUGAGUUAUGAGUUAUUUUUUUGUUUUCUAAUUUUUUUUUAUUUUUUUUUAUCAUAA